CUAAUUUACAGAGGAGUGGCAGUCAUAGACCGAUUGUUGAGAGUUGAGACAAAAGGUAAACUCUAGAUUCUUGGAGACCCUCGACCUCUGGUUCAAGACGGUUGGUCGCUUAUAAAGACCAGAACUCUUCGCUCUUGCCCUAUCUGUUGAAACCUGAAAGAAUACAACUUCUUGUCAAACAAGGUCGAGGAUUAAAUCAUCAAAGGGGAAACCCCCCAACUUUAUAGAGUCGGCGUGAGCUUCUCCAUCUCCCAUGGCGGCUCUUCCUCUUUCCAAUCAAUACUCUCUCUGCGCUCCUCGCCUUGUUGACGUAUCUAUUCUCAAAUCCCCACAGUUUAGAACACAAAAUCUCGCUUUUCAAUCCUACCAACACGUUCAUAGUCGUCAUUCGUGUAAACCCCUUUUAGGGCUUUCUCGAUCUCUUCCCAACUCAUGUCCGGGUAAAAAUUGGCGUUCCUUCAAAUCCCUGUGUACAGCCAAGGAAACUACUGUUCAGACAAAUGAGGACGAGACUGAAUCAGAUGAUCUUGAAGAAACGGAAACCGAUUCAGACACAUUGACCAUAAAGUCACUCCUUCAACUCUACAAACAAUCCAUCCUCAGUAAAGAUGACUCAACUUCAUCUGAUAUCGAAGCAGCAUUAUAUGAUUUAGAAAAAGAGAAAAACAAAUUAUUGGAGAAAGUGACAUCGUUGUUAGCAGAGUCAAGUUCAGGGAAAGAAAGAUAUAUACGAUUACAAGCGGAUUUUGAUAAUUAUAGAAAAAGAUCAGAGAAUGAGAGACUUAACGUAAGGAGCAAUGCUCAAGGGGAAGUGAUUGAGAGCCUUUUGCCGAUGGUUGAUAAUUUUGAAAGAGCAAAACAACAAUUGAAGUUGGAAACUGAACAGGAGAAAAAAAUCGAUGCGAGUUAUCAAGGGAUUUAUAAACAGUUUGUGGAAAUUAUGAGAAGCUUACGUGUCGCUGUGGUCCCCACAAUUGGAAAACCAUUCGAUCCUUCUGUUCAUGAGGCGAUUGCACGUGAGGAGUCGAAGGAAUUCAAUGAAGGUGUUGUUAUAGAGGAAUUUAGGAGAGGGUUUGUUCUUGGGGAAAGAUUGCUUAGACCUGCAAUGGUUAAGGUUUCAGCUGGGCCGGGUCGACCCAAGUCUUCUUCUGAUGGGGUUUCUUCUACAGAACAACCACAAACAGCGAAUUUAUAAGCCUGGAGAUAGUUGAGUAUUUUUUUUUUUUUUGUUUUCAAAUUGGCAAAUGCAAUAUCUUGUACUUUUCUUCUUCUAUUGUUAUGAUUAUGUU